AUACAUAGCCGAAAUAAAAAAAUAAAACUGGACCGGAUAAAAAGUCAGAAAAUGAAUACUUCUCUUUCUCUCGUUUGUGUCCAAAAGCAUGAUAUUUAUAGAUAGACAGGAGUAGAUAGAUAGGCAUAGUUGGUUGGUCUGAAGUAAAAUAUCUAUUGUAACUACUUUGUGUGCUGUAUUUCAAAUUUAAGGUUGUUAGAACAUGGCAAGCUCAGUUGAGAAAGAGGAACAAGAACAAGUUGCCUUCUUGGAACUCCCUGCUCCUGCUGGCUGGAACAAAAAGUUUAUGCUCAAGAAAGGUGGCACACCUAAGAAGAAUGAGAUCAUAUUCACUGCUCCUACUGGGGAAGAGAUCCCUACCAGAAAGCAGCUGGAGCAGUACCUUAAAUCACAUCCAGGUGGUCCAGCAAUAACAGAGUUCGACUGGGGAACAGGUGACACUCCUAGAAGAUCAUCAAGGAUUAGUGAGAAGACAAAAGCAACUCUGUCUCCUGAAAGUCACCCGACCAGAAAGAGGAGCAAAAAAGCCUCUGAUGGAAAGAGUGUCGGAAAGGUGAAAGAACCUAAUCCUGAGGAAACCCUUGAGAAAGAAGCUGAAGUUCAAAACGCAGAAAAAGAUGAGAAAGGUAAUACAGCUGCAGAAAUUGGGGAAGGUGUGGAGGAAAAAAUGGAUGAAGAUACAAAAUAUGUGGAGAAAGAUGCCGUGAAAGACAAGCAGGCAGAUGAAAAGGUCGGAACUCAAGUUAUAUUGGAGGAUGUUGGUAAGGGAAUUGAAGAUGAGAAUAAAGAAGAAGUCCAUGAGGAAGAUGGAAGAAAAGUAGAAGCUGCUGUGGAAGAAGCUAAACCUGAUGAAGGUGUCAAAGUAACUGUAGAAGCUGAAGAGGACAAGGUACUUGCUGAAGCAGAAAAAGAAACCUCUAAAGAACCUGUGGUUAAUGAGGCACCUUCUGCUACCGAAUUACCCAAGAAAGAUGAAGGAUUCACACAGAAUGCACCGGCUCAAAAAGAAUCGGAAAAAACACCAGUUGAGCCAGGGAAAGAGGUUAACUCGGGGGAGCAGAUCAAACAGGGAAUCACUGUGGAGGAAAAGAUUGAGGAAGGCGACGACAAAACUGGAAACUGUGGCUUGGCAACUCCUAAGCAGAAUGACGUAACAAACAAGUCCGAGGGAGAAGUGGCUGAGAAUGGUAGCUUUGCUAAUGCAGGAUAGAUCAAGCUCGAUCUGAGUGAUCACAAACUUAUCCUUGCUCCUUACUCUUAGUCUGACAUUUCGUCUUGUGGAUUACCCUAAAUGACUGUAGUAUUGUUACACGGGUAACGUAGAUUUCUGAUUUUUGUGUUGCACAUGUAAAAUCAUAGAUUAGCCCUUUUAAUGCUGCGGACUUUUGCUUAAUUAGAGGGACAUGUAGCAUGUACUCCUAUGAUCAGUACCUUGUACCAUUAGCAUUUUACUUCGUAGAUCAGUCCUUCAAUGCAUUGAUAUUUCUUUGCAUCGACUGGGACUUAGGUUGCAGACUUAAAUGAUUGUAAUAUUAUGAAUAAGUAGUUUAUGUUCAGCUACAA